UUUAAAGCUCCUAUUGCCCACUCCCACUCAACACGGGGCCACGCGUACGCGUAGUGACCCCCAGGUCAUUUAAGUUUUCAGACCCCAGCCAACCUCUCUCUGGGCACUAAAUCCAAGUCUUACCCUGGGCACCAAAAAAUGGUUAGAGUCAGCCCUAAGUACUACUAAUGAUGCACACACACAGAACAGUCAUAAAAACAGAGUCAUGGAACCAGUCCUCAAACAAAUGACCUAGAAAUUCAGUUAAUCACAAGACUCUCUCUGUGUGUGGUUCUCCCUCGGUUAAGUCUAUUACUGCAGGCUGCUGGCUGUGCAACAUAGAUGGAGAUUACAGAGAUAAGACCUUAAUGCCCUCAGACACCUUCCCAUGUCUCAUCCUCCACCUCCACCCCCACGUCCCCCUGCAUCAGAUGUCCCCGCUCAAUUUUUUUUACUCAGGACAAUUGAAGACACAGUGACCCGUCACAGCCGCCAUGAAGACCGCUCUCGCCCUGCUGCUGUUCAUCGCUCUGGCCUGUCACAGCGCUCUCUCCUGUUCUGUCUGCAAAGGCCACGCCCUCAAGUGUCACACGUGCGUGGCGUCCAAUGAGGAGGACUGCAACCGGCAGGGCUCCACCCCCUGCCCUCAGUACGCCGACGCCUGCUCCACCAUCACAGGACCCAACACGGUGAUGAAGUCGUGCUCCUACAAGGCUUUCUGCGACAAGGCUCACGGCGGCAACUCCGGAGCCAAGAUGGCGUGUUGCUUCGGCGACGACUGUAACGGGCCCCACAGGAGCCACAGCCACGGGGAUCACCACCGCAACAGCGCAGGGGCUCUGGCCUCCAGCUCCGCGCUGCUGAUCAUGACGCUGAUGCUGCGUCUGGCCCUCAAUCAGCUCUAACUCUCAUCUGUUUUCUUUUCUCGUUAUCUGCCCGGACACAAACUGAACACUUUAUUUUGAGUUAUACACUAUAGCAGUUAUACAUUGUUCAAACCCCUGUGCAUGUUGCACACUUGGACCUUUAUAUGAUCAUCAAAAACUUGAAUAGUAACUUGUCAGUGUCUACACAUUAAAGCUGACGUAAAGCUGAGAAAAUCGGCCAAUAAACCCAGCGGGUGUUUGUGGUUAGUUAAUGUGUACAGAGUGAAGAACACCUCCUUACACCUCUGACCUAUAGACAGUGUUGGCGUGGGUGUGGUUUCGGUAGAUGCUUGCCGGUGUGUGAAUCUAGAGCACAACACGCUUGACACUAUAGAACCACAUGCCGUUGCUGUGGUAACCUGCGAGGAAACAGAGCAUUUUAACACCAUAAAUGCCUGUGCUUUCACGCUUGUCUGAAUAAAGAUGCAAUCACACCUAUUA